UCUAGUGGAAACUACAAAAAGGGGCCCUGCGUCUUUAACGGCAAAUUGUACUGAAUUUUAUUUCGCGAGAUUUGCUUGGCGCGGUGACCCAUGUGAGCGACACCUCCUGCAAGAAUCAUUCUCCCCUGCAGAGGAAAAGGCUAUGGAGUGCUGAACGUUUUCACUGUUAUUCCCUUUUCCCCCCAAGCCCCUGUAUUUGUUGUGAUUAGAUUUCUGUAACCUUUUUGGUGGCUAUCGGGCGGUGGAACGAUGUGGAUUCAAAUUCGGACCAUAGACGGAAAGGAGACACGAACCAUUGAGGAUCUUUCCAGGCUGACCAAAAUUGAGUCUCUGAGGCUGAAAAUCCAAGAUAUCUUCAAUGUAAACCCCGGACAACAACGGUUAUUCUAUCGGGGCAAACAGAUGGAAGAUGGCCACACACUGUAUGACUACAAUGUGGGUCUGAACGAUAUCGUCCAGCUGCUUAUCCGUUCCCAAGCGGGGGACGCUCCAGACAGUCCUCUCGUCAUCUCCCCUGUCGUCAGCCCCAAGGAGUGUGACACAAUGCCCCCCACCACCCCCAACACUACGACUGGUGCAGCUACCACCCCCUCUAAACCUACCACCGUGGCCCCAACACUUACCCCCAAACCCACCACAGUCAACAACAACACAACCACCACUGGCGACACCAGUACUACCACCAACAUCAGCACAACUACCAGUAAGAACACGAGUAUCACCAGUGAUCCCAAUAACAACGGAGACGAGUCUUCUUCUGGUCCAUCGGCACCACUGGAGAAGCACGAUAAUCAGCCAUCAACCUCUACACGUCCCUUCCUCAUAGAUGCGGGGAUUGGGGUGUUCAAGAUAAACGAGUUGGUGGACUGCAGGGACAUAAGCAUCGGUGCCUGGUUUGAAGCCUGCAUCGACAACGUGUCACUCAGCCCAAAGGGACAGAACAGCACAAGUAAAGCUCCUACAGCAGGGAAGGUUGGCAGGCCUAGCAAAAGGACGAACGGCAAGCUUGAGACAGAGUCGGGCCAAGGCCAAAGCCACCUCUCCUCCUCAGACAAUAAUAAUAAUAAUAAUAAUGGGAAUAAUUCUACUUCUGUGUUGAACUCUGACAGUAUUGGGCCAGGGGCUGGGCCCUCCACCUCUCAAACAGACUAUACUGCCACAGACAAAGAGAAGGAGGAUGUGAUGUACCACAUCAGAUAUGAUGAUUACCCUGAGAACGGCGUGGUGGAGAUGUGUGGCGGUAACGUGCGGCCGCGGGCUCGGACCCUGCUCCGGUGGGACCAGCUCACGGUAGGCCUGGUUGUCAUGGUGAACUACAACAUAGAGAUCCCCGAGGAGAGGGGCUUCUGGUUUGAUGCUGAGAUUACAGCACUCAAUGAGAUCUCCAGGACCAACAAGGAGGUCCGCAUCAGAAUCCUGCUGGGAGGGCCAGGGGACGUCAUCCCAGACUGUAAACUGUUGUUUCUGGAUGAGAUCUAUCAGAUUGAGAAGACUGGAGCACACUCGCUGUCUGCUGUAGAUGGACAGUUCAAACGCAAGAGCGGGCCGGAGUGUAAGCACUGCAAGACGGACCCCGAGUCGGAGUGCAGGUUCUGCUCGUGCUGCGUGUGUGGAGGGAAGCAGGAUGCCCAUAUGCAGCUGCUGUGUGAUGAGUGUAACAUGGCCUUCCAUAUAUACUGUCUCAACCCACCGCUAGCCACCAUACCUGACGACGAGGACUGGUACUGUCCCACCUGUAAGAACGACACCAGUGAGGUGGUUAAGGCCGGGGAGAAGCUGAAGGCCAGUAAGAAGAAAGCCAAGAUGCCCUCGGCCCAUACAGAGAGCCAGAGGGACUGGGGCAAGGUGAGACACAUGGUCUAUGACACUAACCCCUGGGCCCAUACAGAGAGCCAGAGGGACUGGGGCAAGGUGAGACACAUGGUCUAUGACACUAACCCCUGGGCCCAUACAGAGAGCCAGAGGGACUGGGGCAAGGUGAGACACAUGGUCUAUGACACUAACCCCUGGGCCCAUACAGAGAGGGACUGGGGCAAGGUGAGACACAUGGUCUAUGACACUAACCCCUGGGCCCAUACAGAGAGCCAGAGGGACUGGGGCAAGGGUAUGGCCUGUGUGGGGCGCACUAAGGAAUGUACCAUCGUCCCUUCCAACCAUUACGGGCCCGUACCUGGGGUUCCCGUGGGAACAACAUGGAAGUUCCGCGUUCAGGUGAGCGAGGCGGGAGUGCACAGGCCCCACGUGGGAGGUAUCCACGGCCGCAGUAACGAUGGCUCCUAUUCGCUGGUGCUGGCUGGGGGCUUCGAAGAUGAAGUGGACAGGGGAGAUGAGUUCACCUACACAGGCAGCGGGGGUCGCGACCUUUCAGGGAACAAGCGCAUUGGGGAGCAUUCCUUUGACCAGACCCUGACCCACUACAACAGGGCCCUGGCGCUGAACUGUGACGCCCCCAUCAACGACAAGGAUGGGGCGGAAUCCAGGAAUUGGCGUGCGGGGAAGCCGGUGAGGGUGGUGCGGAGCUCCAAGGGCAGACGUAUCAGCAAGUACGCUCCAGAGGAGGGCAACCGAUACGAUGGCAUCUACAAGGUGGUGAAGUACUGGCCAGAGAAAGGGAAGUGUGGUUUCCUGGUGUGGAGGUACUUGCUGCGAAGGGAUGACCUGGAGCCUGCUCCCUGGACACCUGAGGGGCUGGCGCGCAUCCAGACACUGGGCCUGGCUGUACAGUAUCCUCCAGGCUACGUGGAGGCCAUGGCCAACAAGACCAAGAAGGAGGCUAAUGCUCGGCCAGGGUCCAGCAGGAGCAAGAAGCACCCUGGACGGGGCCGGCCGCGGCUACAACCUCUGAAGAAGAAGGUGAAGGAGGAGGAGGAUGAAGAAGAGGAAGAGGAGGAAGAGAAGCCCAUGGAGGGUACAGACCAGUCACAGAGUAACGGCAGUCAGGAGACAGAGGUGUGUAAGGAAUCGACGGAGCCCCGAGCCAAGCGUCAGAAGAUGGAGGAGGCGUUCCAACUGACAGAACAGCAGCAAAGCCUCAUAAAGGAAGACCAGCCCAACAGAAAGAACUGGGACGAGGCCAUGGGACACCUCAAGGAGGGGCCGAACUUCCUGAGGAAGGUGGAACAGACGUUUAUGUGUGUCUGCUGCCAGGAGCUAGCCUACCAGCCCAUCACCACCGUCUGUACACACAACGUGUGUAAGACCUGUCUCCAGCGGUCGUUCCGUGCUGAGGUGUAUACCUGCCCUGCCUGUCGCCACGACCUGGGGAAGGAUUACGUCAUGGUCCUAAACAAGACUCUACAGCUGCUGCUGGACCAGUUCUUUCCUGGCUAUAGCAAGGGCCGAUGAGGACAAGACACCUGCACUUACCCAAACAGUUACACACAGACCCAUGAUGCAUACAAACAAACAUAGGCAUACACACUUAUUCAUACAUUGGUACACAGUAUACACACACCCUCCAUCUCCUAGGCAGCAGGGACUGACCCCACCUGUUGGACUUGGACUGUCCCCAUUUACGUCACCAGCCUGAAGUCAUCCAAGCCCCAGGAGAGCCUGGAGCACCAUGCCCCUGGGUACCAACCCCCCCCUCUCCCUCCCUCUCUAAUUUUCCACAUCCCCAGUCCACAGAACUCAUCAGUUCAUCGCCAUCUACCUGUCCAUGUGAGGAACAGCCAGAGAGGAUGCUAAUACUAACCAUAGCCAUGUAGAGAAUGUCUCUAAGUAUGCUAACGCUACUUAGCCUCCAAUGAGAGGGGGUCAGGGAUUACCACCUAGGAGAGAGGGUUGAUGGGAAAUGUAGUGUACAAUGUUAAAGGUUAUUUCUUUAUUACUGGUCGAUUUGAUCUUUAGACACAAAUGGGUUUAUUCUUUUAAAGGCCCUGUGCAGUAAAAAACUAGAUUUUGUUGUUUUAUAUAUAUUUCCACACUGCGGUUGUAAUAAUACUGUGAAAUUGUGAAAAGUAUGAUAAUGGCCUUUUAAUGUAAGAGCUGUUUGAAAAGACUGCCUGACAUUUCAGCCUGUUUUGGUGGGAUGGAGUUUGGCCUUCCAUGGUGACAUCACCAUGUGGUAAAUUAGUUAAUAGACCAAUAAGAAAGAGGUCCAAACCUCUCUGCCAAUAACAGCAAAUGCUUUGUUUUCCCUUCUGCACUCAAACCACUCCCAGACAGUCCUAGCAAAGUUCUUGCUUGAGAAAUUGCUAUUUCUCAAGCAAGCUAUAUAAGGAGCUAUUUUUUUAUUUGUUUUUAUUGAAAACAAUCACAGUAAGGUACUUUGUUGUAGCCUUGUACGAACCACCCUUGUCUCGCGAGUUCACAUUCUGUUUCCCUACACGGAUAUCCAGGAUGGUUUGUACGAGGCUAGCUUAAAUGUUUCCUAGAAAUUAUUUGAAUAUUGAGAUUUAAAAAAUUCUGCGUUGGACCUUUAAAGACGUUCCUCCUUUUCUCCUCUGUUCCUUGUCUGUCUGUUCUUGUGGUGAUGUUCUUUUUCUUUAAAAUAUUUCAGGAUUUUUUUUAAAGACAUGCAAAUGCAAAAUGGUUUAAAUAAUGCUAUGGUCUCUAAAGCAGCAAACUGUGAUGUUUAUUACUUCCUUCCUACCUACUGCUCGAAGUGCUUUAUAUACAAAACAGAAAUGUUCGUCUGCAUUGACUGGCAAGCUAAUUGUGUCCUCCUCCUUUGAGCUUCUCUUCGUCCCCCCCUGUCCCUAGGGUUGCAAGAUUCCGGUAACUUUCCAAAAUUCCCAGGUUUUCCAGAAAUCCUGGUUGAAAGAUUCACGGAAUCAGGGGGGAGAAAAGCAGGAAAUCCAGGACUCCUUCAACAGGGAUUUCUGGAAAACAUUUGAGAAACUUUUGCAACCCUACCUGCCCCCCAGUCUUGUACCGUACCGACCCCUACCGUGGACUACAGUACUAACAGUUCUCUAGACGUCAAGUGGAUGCUUCGCUUCAGCAUUAAUGUUCUCUGUUUUUAUUGUACUUGUUAAAAUGAAAAUAUGUUGAAAAUAAAAAAAGUGAUGUCUAUCAUUUCCUAUACUACUACAACGUAUGCCAUUUUUCUAUACUUUUAGUUGCCUAUUCUAUUUUAAUCUGUAGUUAUUUGUGGCAAACUUUACCUGCUGCUGUGUCAGCCUGAAUCAAGAGUUUCAUUGCUUCAUAUUGUGAUCUGAAAUUUUAUACAUGGUAUAAUAAUACUUGAUAUGUACCUAAUUAAAUAUUUUGAUUCCAGAAAACAACAA